AUGAAGCUCAUUGACCUCCUCUUCCUCGCCUCCUCGGCUGCUGCUCUCGGCCCCAACUACAGUCUCAAGAACUGGGACGAGCCCUUCAAUGCCACAGAAUACGACCGCCUUAUCGGCAAGCACAUCCGCAACGCCAAGCGCGAUGGCAGCUGCUCUGCCGAUGAGAACGGCAAGACGUGCUUGCACCUUGGCAACGAGCAGAUUGAGACGAUCCUCUUCUCUGCCGUCGCGGACAACUACCCCAAGGCGUUCACAGAGAUGUGGGAUGCCUUCCACGAGCGAUGCAACAUCUCGCCGUGCGACACUACGAAGAAGUGCUUUGAGGAGAACCACACAAACUACUGUGUUGUGUGGACGGGUACAUUCAUUGGCGACAUCACGCCUCUGUACGAGAUGAUGCGCCGCAACUUUGACAAGACGGUCGAGAAGAAGAUCGACGAUAUUCCCCAGAUGCCUCCUUGCGGCAACCCUACCUGUGGCCCGCCUACUCAUGCCUUUACUAUCCACCACACUGGACCUACCUUUGUCGGAUCCAACCACCGUGAUAACAACGGUGGUGAUAACGUCCUCACUAUGGCCAUUACUGCGGAGCCGUCUGAUGGUAACUGCCCCGGCUGGCUAGAGGCUAUUGGCGAUGCUGGUGCCGUUGUCAAGGAGUAUGGCGAGUACUUUUCUGCUGGUAUUGGUGCCUUUUGCAGUCUUAUUGGUUGA